AUCUGCUCCAGAAAAGCCACUCCUAGAAAAGUCCAUUAGAAUCGCCAUUUAAUGUCAUCAUCACUUCUUUGACUGAGCCACAUCCAUAACACAGGUUAAGCUACAGAUCCCUUGAUCCAAUUCACGAUGGAGCAGAAGCAGCUGCAGAUGUGCGGUCGUGUGUUCGCCUUUCUUUUAUUUCUUCCAGUCCCAAUACUAGGCGCUUCAACUAAACCAAUCCCAGAACAGAUGAAAUACAUCGGUAUAUCCUAUGAUAUCAUCAAGGGGAAUCCAGAGGGAAGCGCCAAAAACGGAGGGGUAGAUCCCGGGCUGAUGACGACUCGCCGCGUCCUGAAACUCACCUACGACGACAAGAAGUUGACGAACGAUAACGAGUACCGCGUCCCCGAUGAGGUGUCCUUCAUGCGACGGAGCAGCGCUUACACGUCCAAGGAGAAGGAUGUGUUCUACGGAACGAAGAGUUACGCCAAGAAACUUUCCCACCAAGUUUCGCUUGAAGUCGGUGUUGAUGCUGUCUUCGCUUCUUUUAAGUUCGGAGCAAGCCACGAGUAUAAGUCGGUGGACAACGAGGAAAAGACGAAUGGCUAUGUGUACUUUUCUGAGCAAACAAUUGAGAAUUUUGGCGAAAUUCGCUACCGGAUGAGCCUUGUCCAGGACGAUGCCUAUGAACUCAGUCGGGAAUUUUGUCUUGCUGUCUGCAGACUUCCUGCCUCCUACCGGGGUAAUGAGGCUGAAUAUAUGGGAUUCCUCACCAACUGGGGAACGCAUGUUGUAGUACAGGCGACAUUAGGGGCCCGUCGUGGCACGACAUAUCGUGAGGACAAAUCAUCCUUCAUCAGAAACUCAGCAAGAGAGAUGGCCAACAGCUUAAACGUUGAGGGUAGCUACAAGAUCGUUUCCGGGUCGUUUUCACUGAACAUGGACAGGGCGACAGAAAAUGCAGAGUCACAGGAGAAAUUCGGCAGUAUGCAGAAGACAUAUUCAGUAGGGAGCGAAGAAUAUAACGAACCGAUAAGCAUAAAGCUCAUCAGAUUGACUGAAGUUUUGGAUGCUAAGUUCUGGACUCGGCAGACUUCCUACACAGAGUGCGCCAACUGGCAGAGAGAAGCGAUCCAAGCCAACAUCCUAGAAGCUUUUGGAGAUUACCCACAACACAACGGGGUCACCGCCUCGGAAGACAUUCCGAUGAGUAUGAGGCUUACGUGGCCGAGCGGAAAGUACGCGCUUCCACAGGCAGCCGUCCUCGACCAGUUCUGCCCUCAAACCAAUGACUUCACCUGGGAGGACGGCUUGCUAUAUCAGGUCUCCAAAGGACCCAAUGAGUGUUCUAGCAACAACCAUUUGACCAACUACUGCAACCGUCAAGCAAUCAGUAACCCGAAUGGCAAAGACAUGCGCACCUACUACUGCGUCAAAUCUAUCGCCGAAGCCACGCCGAACAGUCCAUGGGAUUGGAUGCCCGGUGUGUACUGCAUCUUCAAGGUCGGCAAUGAAUGCCCCAGUGGAUUCCAGGAAGGUACAAUCAGAUGGAAUGAUAAACAGCGAGGGAAGGAUCCAGAUUAUAACGCCCUGCCUGCUGGAGAGUACUCACCGGGUAGACCUACAGAAAUCAAGUACUGCUGUCGUGAAGAUGGCACUCCAAGGACCCCUAUCAUCCUGCCAACAGACAGCAGCUUUUACCUGAUAAGAUUCCACAGUGCUUGCCAGGAGGUAGUCGACAUGACUGUGACGGCGGAAUAUUUGGAGUGGGCAACCGAGACGGCUGACCCAGAGCUCUGGCAGGAGGGACAAUACCCUCGACCCGGGAAUACGGGCCAGAAUGUCAAGAUCAACUAUUGCUUCUACCAGCCAAAGGCGACUGCCAAGAGAGAGUUCGGCAACAUGGCGGGAGCUGAGGACGAAGGCCACAUGAGGAAAGACCUGCAGGAGGUCCGAGAGCUCGUCGACCAGCUGGAACACCAGCUCGAUUACGGUAGGAGAGCUGAAGUAGGCAACGAAGAUGGUGGCAGGAUGGAGCAGGAUGAGGACAAAGAGAAGAAAUCUCAGGAGGUGGGUGAGCUGAGAGAGCUUGAGCUGCUUCAGCAACAGAGUAAGCGGGAGGAAGAGGAGGAACGGGAACUGCUCAUGGGACUGCUGUUGAAGGAAUUAGCCGAAUUGAAAUAAAAACCAUGCGGUUUUUUAAUUCAGAAAUUUCAUUUGGUAGUAUUCAAAUUUUUGUAUCGUCAUUUGAAUUGACAUGGAGGCUAUAAUGGAAUACUGGGCUGUUAAUAUUAAGGGAUGUAUUACCUCGUAAGGGGGUGUGUCGGGUUAAGUACUAGAGGACACUCAUUUAAAGGACUGCUGUGCGGUCUGGGAUCAGGGGCCGCGGAACGGUUUUGAAAGUGUGGAUGGGCUGACCAUAAAAAAAAACAGGGGCUGAAACCCCCUGCCCACUCCCUGUUCAGGGGCCCUUGGGGAUGUUGUAGCUUCCAAGGCAACAAUAUCAAACUAUAAAAAAUUAUAUUAUAUGUAUGUAUUUUGUAAACUUUUAAAGUGGGUACAAAUUUAGGUGAGUAUAUGAUUGUGAAUAAAGACUGACCCGUCGGAGCGGCAACGGUUGGUACAGAAUUAAACAACCAAGACUAUAUCUUUGAAACUUUGAAUUAGAUUUAGAAAAACAUAUCUUUUCUAGCAAUCUCUCUGUUGGUAUCUUCAUCAAUCUCUCUAUAUUAUGUUCCGAUAGUCCCGAUGUCCAUUUUUCUCUCUCUCAUUUUACCAUCUUCUCCUUUCUUCCCCCCCCCCCCCCAUCUCUCUCUCAUCCUCUCUUACAUCAUACAACAUAACAUCAAGUCGCUCGUUUGUUUAAUGAAGUACUGUAUUUGUACAUGUUUCAAAUUUGUAAAUGCAAACGUGCCAUUUUGAAGUACCAUUAAAGCAGCGGUCCACUUGUGUUAUUUAUUUUGUAAACUGUUGGAUUGGUUUAAUCUGGUAUAAUUAUCUUACAUUUCUAUUUGAAUUUGCUGUUUUUCUUGAAUAAAGAGACUAUACCACUUUGA